CGUCCACGCCGUCCGUCUAUCGAGAGAUCGGCAUUCCAAUAUUCUUAACCCAAUCCAGUCUGCUUGAAACAAUUGAACAGUGCACACUUGCGUGUUUCGUGUUAGUAUGAAAUAAGUUUUAAGUGAACAAUAUUUUUGUUGAACCAAACAAAUACACAACAGAUUUUACGCGGUGUUUUCAAAUUCAACAAAACAAAUAAAUUAAAAAAAGUUGCAAAAAUGAUGGUUAAAAAUUUAUUGAAAUUAAUAAUUUUAGUGUCAUUGUAUACUGUGAAUGUAGCCAGAAAUUUAGAAACAAGUGACGAACAUCGGACUAAAAAUGUUGACAAUUGUAAAUUAGUGAAACCAUUUUUUGAAAUGCGAAAUAUUUCAAUUAGUGUCAAUUCUAAACAGAAUGGUGGACAACAUCAUCAACAUCACAUGGGAAAAACAUGUGCUGGUCAAUGUUGUGAUGAAAAAACUGAAAAUCAAUUGCGAUUAAAUGUACAACAAGAGUUUGCAUCCUUAUUACGCCACAAUUCACGUUCGUUACAAGGGCUGUUAUCUACAACAGCUACAACUUUGCAUGAUCAUAUAAUGGAGCUAACAUCACAGUCAGAAAAUCAAACUUUACACUUAUUUUCACAAGUGUAUAAACGAAUGUCAAUAUUAUCGCGUGAUCCAAUUAAACAAUUAUAUUCAGAUAUCAAAAAAUAUUUACAAAUCUCAGAAACAGAUGCUGUCACAUUUGCCACAAGUAAUUUAGAUAUAAAAAUAUCAGUAAAUAAAUUUUUUACCGAUCUAUUCCCAUUGGUUUACCAUCAUGCAAUCAACACGCACCAAUCUGAUUUCUCCUUUGAAUAUAAACUGUGUUUAAAACGAACCAUUAAUGAACUUCAACCAUUUGGAGAUAUUCCACGUCAAAUCGCACAAUCAGCGUUUAAAAGUUUAGAAGCGACACGUGUUCUUUUACAAGCAUUCGCUGUAGGUGUAGAAAUAUUAAAUGCAACGGAUACAUUGUUAAUUGAAGAAAAUUUGGGUAAUGCAGGGAAAUCAGAAAAUGGGGAAGAAAAUUCAUGUCACCAAGCACUAUUAAAGAUGACUUAUUGUCCAAAAUGUCGUGGAUUAAUUUCACAUACAAAACCAUGUUCGGGGUAUUGUUUAAAUGUAUUGAGGGGAUGUUUAACACAACAUGUCACGGAAUUAGAUUCACCAUGGAAUGAUUACGUAGAAGCAAUUGAACGAUUAGUGAUCGCUGUCAAACAACAUAAUGUUGGUGUAAACGUUGAUACAGUAAUUAGAAGUUUAGAUGGAAAAAUAUCAAAUGCUAUUAUGUAUGCAAUGGAAAAUGGUCCUAGUUUAGAGAAAAAGGUAAAAUUAGCUUGUGGUCAUGCAAAAUUAUCGGACAAAGAAGAUUCCUUAAUCAAUACAGACGAUGCAUUUGAUAAGCUACAAGACGAUUCAAGCAGAUCUUCACCAGAACGGAUCAGCUCAAGUUUAAGAACAACGCCACCAGAUACACAACUAUUACAAUUUUUAGCAUCAGUAGUUAAAAGUCGGGGAUUUUAUGCUACAUUGGCUGACAAUUUAUGUAAAGAUGACAGUUUUGCUGAAACACGUGACGGUCGUGAAUGUUGGAAUGGACAACGAAUUGGAGAGUAUACCGAAACAGUUGUCGAUGCAAGUUUAAGUAUGCAAAAAUAUAAUCCCGAAGUGAGGCCAAAUAAUUUAGCAGCAUCGGGACAAAUUGCACGACUAGCUGAUAAAUUAAGACAUGUUAGACAAGUGGUUGUAUCAGCAUUAGGUACAGCUGGAUUCCCGGAAUCAGAUAGUUACAUGCAAGGAGAUGCAAGUGAAGGUUCUGGUUCGGGUAUACGGAAAUAUGCAUCAGAUGAUUCAGACGAUGAUAAUUUAGAAGGUUCCGGAGGAUCUGGAGACCACCACCCUGAUCCCGUAAAUCGAACACCUGGAAAGAAAACAGAAAAUAUUGGUGGAAAAUCAAAAGCAAUGCCAUCUCCUUCCGAACAUCCAACUGGUACUGCAUCAGGACAAUUAUCAAUUCACAGUCAAUCAAUAUAUUUAUCAAUACUUGUAAUGUUAUUUGCAUCAGCAUGGUUUGGUUAGAUCCAUAUUCUAGUUUAAUCCUUAAUUUAAUCAAGGAUAAUGCUUUUUUCGUUAAAUUAAAUUAUAUUUAAAAACUCAAAAAAAGAAUGAUUGUGAUAUUUAAUUUUGUUGAGAAAGAAAUAGAUAGAUAAUUAGAGUGAGCGAGCAGCUGGGUAGUUAAGCGUUUAUCGCGUUACUGGUUUAUCGCGUUGCGUUUAAAACGCAAAAAAAAAAUGUUGUACAUAUUUAUAAUAAUUUUUAUGGCAGAAAAUUUUCGAGAUUGAAAAACAUAUCCAAGAAAUUUUGUUGAAAUCUGCCAGAAAUUUUAUCAAACAAGCAUGAAAUACGCUACUACGACAGACGCAAAUGGAGUACGAUUGAUUUAUGAUUUCAAACAAAUUUUUUGAAAUCAUGAAUAUAAUUUAUUUAAGUUCACAAAACUACCAAUUCUAAAAAUUUUCAUUUAUUUAUUAUUUAUUUAGAUAGGGAACUUAGAAUGCUGAAAUCUUAAGGCCACAUACUAAAAUUUUGAAAUUUUCGAUUUGUGCCAAGUUUUUUCU